UGGUGAUGCACAAAGACAAGGAAGAAAAUUCGCACCACGAUUCGCAUUACCGAGCGAGAGAGUUGGCCGCGUUUGCUGCGUACGACCAUCAUCAUCUCGAUGGCGAAAUGUUCCUCCAGCCGUCGCAACGUCCCUUCGAGACAAUAUCCCUGAACGUACAUAGCAGCCGUGCAAUCAAACAAAUAAUCCCGACAGCUGGUUAUGCUAUUGAAACAACAACAAAACGUGAUUGUUUUAAAGAAACAUUGAAACCGCCUGUAGCAAAAGGAUUGGCAUCGAAACAGCAAUUUCUGGCCGGUGAUUGCGUUCCUUCA